GACACGUCGUCGCAAAUAGGAUACUCCCUCACAGUCACUCACAGCACACAGAAGAUAUUCGUCGUUUUCUUCCAAAUCCCCCCCCUUUUUCCCGAAAAUUCUCCCACCAUACAUGAUUUCCAAAAUCUAGGACUAACCCACUGGAAUUCGCCUUCCCUUUCCUAAAUCUCCUAUUUGAAUUUUGCAUUUUGAUACACUUUUAUGAACCCUAAAAUAUUCGCCUCCUAAUUUUAUUUAUUUAUUUUUUUUUUUUUUGGGCCAUUCGUUUUCCCGGGAAAAUAAUCGAGCCCCCUUUCCAAUGGCCGCGGCGCUCAGAUCGAAGCCCUAUAAGGAGACAGCUUCGUUGACGGUCUCGCAGUUCAGAUACUUCGUUUUCAACUAUAUGCAUGCGGGUCGCAUGGCCAAUUCUCAAUCUGUGCACCGUACCAAAUGGGACGACCUCUACAUGAACACUCCUUAUAACUUCACUUCCUUCAAGCCCGUUUCGCUCCGUGGCGAUUUCGUAGAAAAAGGCAGCCAAAUUCUCAAUGGUCGAAGAGCUACUCAGGAAGCCACUAAAAACAACGAUGGAAAUUGGUGUGAAAAAUUGGACAGAAGUGGGCGUAAUAGUGUUUUGAACUCUUAUGGGGACCCACCCGAGGUAUGGUCUGGAGAUGGAAUUGUAGUCAGGGCAGGUCCGAAUGUGAAUUUGGUUCGUGGAGGAGGAGGAGGAGGUGGUGGUCAAGGCCCUGGUUCGGGAGGUGGGUUCGGGUCCAAUUCGAAGGAUGGGUGUUGGGGAGGGUCAAAUAUGGGGAGUAAUUUCCCAACGCCGAAAGAAAUCUGUAAAGGACUUGAUAAGUUUGUAAUUGGACAAGAGAGGGCCAAAAAGGUGCUAGCCGUGGCUGUUUACAAUCAUUAUAAGAGGAUAUAUCACGAGACCCUAAAUAAAUGGUCCUCUGAAGAUUCAGGUAAUCAAAAACCAAAUUCGGUGGAUGAUGAUAGAGUUGAACUUGAAAAAAGUAACAUUCUUCUGAUGGGGCCAACAGGCUCAGGGAAGACAUUACUCGCCAAAACCUUAGCCCGAUUUGUUAAUGUUCCAUUUGUGAUAGCAGAUGCUACAACACUGACUCAGGCAGGUUAUGUAGGGGAAGAUGUGGAGUCAAUAUUAUACAAACUGCUGAUGGUUGCAGACUAUAAUGUGGCAGCUGCACAGCAGGGCAUUGUUUAUAUUGACGAAGUUGACAAGAUUACUAAGAAGGCUGAAAGCCUCAACAUUAGUAGAGAUGUAUCUGGAGAAGGUGUUCAACAGGCAUUGUUAAAGAUGCUGGAAGGAACAAUUGUCAAUGUGCCGGAGAAGGGAGCACGCAAGCACCCUAGGGGUGAAAAUAUUCAGAUUGACACUAAGGAUAUUCUCUUCAUUUGUGGGGGUGCCUUUAUUGACUUGGAGAAAACAAUUUCAGAAAGACAUCAAGAUUCUUCUAUUGGAUUUGGUGCCCCAGUACGUGCAAACAUGAGGACCGGUGGUGUGACAGAUGCUGCUGUUACAUCAUCCUUAUUGGAGACUGUUGAAAGUGGUGAUCUUAUUGCAUAUGGUUUGAUACCUGAAUUUGUUGGGCGAUUUCCAAUACUUGUCAGUUUGUCUGCACUGACUGAAAAUCAACUCAUCCAGGUCCUAACGGAGCCUAAAAAUGCCCUUGGGAAGCAAUACAAGAAAAUGUUCCAGAUGAAUGGUGUCAAGCUGCAUUUUACAGAGGGUGCCUUGAGAUUGAUUGCUAGAAAAGCAAUAUCAAAGAACACAGGGGCUCGGGGCUUACGGUCAAUACUAGAGAAUAUAUUGAUGGAUGCCAUGUAUGAGAUUCCUGAUGUCAGAACAGGAGAUGAAAUAAUCGACGCAGUUGUAGUUGAUGAAGAGGCUGUUGAGUCAAAGGGCAAAGGCAAGGGUUGUGGAGCUAAAAUCCUUUAUGGAAAGGGUGCAUUGGAUUGUUAUCUUUUAGGACAUAAAUCCAAAAAUAUAGAGUCCUCAACCGAAGAGGGUUCUGAAAGAGAGCCUGAGGUGGAAACAGAACUUCCCUCUGUUGUUGCCAGCUUGUAAUAAUAUCUCUUUUGAUUAUUUAUUUGUAUUCUCAUGUAUUGUACAUAAUAAAAUUUAUUUUAAUUAUAAUAUAUAUAGAUAAGCUUUAUGUACAAUUCCACAAAAGGAUUUGGCCUCUGUCCAGUUCAUGAACUGGAAAAUCUUUUCCGGUUAAUAGGAAAACGUAUAUACUUUUUAUUUCUUA